UUAUGUUGGCCUAAUUUGAGUCCUUUUAAUAAACAUAAGUUAGACCUUUGGUCUAAAUCUUGUGUUUUUAUGGGCUAUAGCCCGGACCACAAAGGCUAUAAUUGUCUUAAUAUUUCCACCGGUUGUGUCUACUUGUCCAGGGAUGUUAUCUUCAGGGAGGACAUCUUUUCGUUUGCUGUGCACAACCCAUUAGCAUCAUCUUCAGUUCCCUCUGUCACCAACAGACCACAACAGGCUCAUCAUUUUAUCUUGCCUCAACCCCUCUCAACACCUAGGCCCAUAAGUCCAUCUCAAUCGGCAAUUCCAACUGCACUUAAUGCACCUGUAGCCACUCCACAAUCUGAGGCCCAAUGUCCUAACUCUUCCUCUUUACCUCAGAUAGCAUCCAGCCCACACACUUCUUCUUCCACCUCCAGUUUUUCAUCUUCCUCUUCUUCGACACAUCCUCUGCAGCCGCCUCCUCAAUCCCGCAGUGUCUCUCCAUGUCUUCUUCCGCCAUCCAUACAUCCCAUGCAAACUCGUUCGAAAAACCAAAUCCAUCGACCUCUUCUCCAUACAGACGUCUGUUCAAAGUGGCCAUUACACCAGUGGGAUGUUCAGAAUGCGUUUCUAUAUGGAGACCUAGAAGAAGCUGUCUUCAUGAAGCAACCCCUCGGGUUUGUGAAUCCAGACCAUCCCCAUCACUUGUGUUGGAUGCCCUAAUGAUCGUAAGUCCACUGGAGGAUUCUGUGUGUACUUUGGUUCUCAUCUUAUAGCCUGGGGAUCCAAAAAACAACCAACCAUUGCUCGUUCAUCAACUGAGGCUGAAUACAAAGCUGUGGCUAAUACAACUUGUGAACUUCUUUGGCUACAAUCUUUACUAAGUGAACUUGGCAUUUUUUUAUCAGAUCCUCCCACUUUAUGGUGUGAUAAUCUUGGUGCGACUUACCUGUCAAUUAAUCCUGUUUUACACUCUCGCACCAAGCAUGUAGAACUUGAUUAUCACUUUGUACGUGACCGAGUAGCUGCUAAGGCUCUUAAAGUUGCAUUUGUCUCCACUAAAGAUCAAAUAGCAGAUAUUUUUACUAAGCCAUUAUCCACUGCACUAUACAACUUGUUACGAUCAAGCCUCACCAUUUCAUUGGUGCUGCUUGACUCGAGGGAGGAUAUUAAGGCAAUCAGUCUCAAGGAAGAAGGUGCUGCGCACUUAGCAGCAACAUGUUCUCUGGAUGCUCGGCAAAUAACAGAAUUACAUUCCUCUGAAAUAUUCUCUGACAAUCAACCAAUUGCACCAUGACACAUGGCCUGAGUCUAGAAGAUCCUUUGGAAUAUUCUUUGAUAUGUAAUCAUAUGAAUUGUAUAGGUCUGCUGUGAGAUGUGUAUAAAAGAAUGCGGAAUUGCUUGUAAAUGCAUAACUGUAACAAAUGAAAAACAGAGUCUGAAAUUUCAGUUCUCUCAUUCUGGCA